AUGGCGACUGGCAUUCUUAGAGUGGACGGGAACAAAGUCCUCGACAAGAAUGGAGACGAGGUGCUUCUCCGGGGUGCUGCCCUUGGCGGAUGGAUGAACAUGGAGAACUUCAUCACCGGCUACCCCGGUCACGAGUCGCAGCACCGGGCUGCCAUGCGCAAGGCCCUCGGCGCUGAGAAGUACGAGUUCUUCUUCGACAAGUUCCUCGAGUAUUUCUUCACGGAGGCAGAUGCCAAGUUCUUCGCAUCUCUGGGUCUCAACUGCCUCCGCCUUCCAUUCAACUAUCGCCAUCUGGAGGAUGACAUGAACCCCCGGGUUUUGAAAGAGUCGGGCUUUAAACAUCUAGACCGGGUGAUUGACUUGUGCGCCAAAGAGAAGAUCUACACCAUCAUCGACAUGCACACAGCACCCGGCGGUCAAAACGGCGAUUGGCACGCUGAUAACACCACCAGCUACGCCGCCUUCUGGGACUACAAGGACCACCAGGAUCGGACCGUGUGGCUGUGGGAGCAAAUCGCCGCCAGAUACCGGGGCAACCCAUGGGUCGCGGGGUACAACCCUCUCAACGAGCCCUGCGAUCCGGAGCACGUCCGGCUUCCAGCCUUCUACGCACGCAUCGAGAAGUCCAUCCGGGCCGUGGACCCCGAGCACAUCCUCUGGCUAGACGGAAACACAUUCGCCAUGGAGUGGAAGGGAUUCGACCAGGUCCUCCCAAACAGUAUCUACGCCAUGCACGACUAUUCCUCAAUGGGCUUCCCCACAGGCGAACGCUACACAGGCUCCCCGGAACAAAAACAGACCCUCGAACGGCAAUACCUUCGCAAAGCGGACUUCAUGACGCGCAACAACACAGCAACCUGGAACGGCGAGUUCGGCCCCGUCUACGCGGACCCACGCACCGACCCCGAAGCCGCAACCACCAACCAAGCACGCUACAACCUCCUCGGCGACCAGCUCUCCAUCUACGACAAGUACCGCAUCCACUGGAGCAUCUGGCUGUACAAGGACAUCGGCCUCCAAGGCAUGGUGCACACCAGCCCCACCAGCAAAUGGAACUCGACCAUCCAGUCCUUCCUCGACAAGAAGAGCCAUCUGUGGCUGGACGCGUGGGGGAGGAAGCCUUCUUCUACGAACGAGGCGGGAUCGCCCGAGGCUGCGCUGCAGCCGCUGGUGGACUGGAUUGAUGGGGUGGCGCCGGCUGCGAAGGAGACUUACCCCACGCCGUGGGAUACGAAGAGGCAUCUGCUGAGGAAUGUGUUCCAGACGUUUGUGGCGAGCUCGUUUGCGGAGGAGUUCGCGGGCUUGUUUCGUGGAUUGGGGGUGGAGGAGUUGGAUGCAUUGGCGAAGAGCUUUGCCUUUGAGCAGUGUGUUUUGCGGGAGGGGUUGAAUGGAAUUUUGAGGGAGCAUGCUGGGAUUCCUUCGUAG